UUAUGUGACAUCACUUGAAACUACAUGAGUGCGGUGGGAAUCAUCAUGGGAGACGGCAACAGUACCUUAUGGCCGUUCAAAACUGUUUUCAUAACAGGAGCCAAUCGGGGAAUCGGAUUAGCACUCGUCAAGCGAUUUUUAAGCCUUUGCCAUCCUCCAGAAUAUGUCUUUGCCACUUAUCGAACUUUAGAGACAGCCUCAGAGCUGAAAUCGCUCAGCGAAGUGAACACGAAUCUUCACAUGUUAGAAUUGGACGUCAACAACAUCGAGAGCUUCGAUAAAGUUGUUUCAGAAGUGGAUAGUAAAUUAGAGAAUCGCGGUUUAGAUUUGUUGAUAAACAACGCAGGAAUUAUGGACAGGAGUAAGUUGGAUGCUGUAACCGCUGAGGGCAUGAUUCAAGUUUAUAAAACCAACGUCGUUGCUCCGUUGAUGUUGACCAAAGCGUUCUUGCCUCUUCUUCGCCGUUCUGUAUCUCAAAGAAACAAGGACGAUUCUUCUAAGACUUUCAUUGUCAAUAUGUCAUCUGGAGCUGGCUCCAUAACAAAUAACACGUGGAGUACGAUGUACCCAUAUCGACCGAGCAAAGCGGCAUUGAACAUGAUUACGAAAUCUUUAAGCGUCGACCUAGCUGACGAGGGGAUCAUGGCAGUUGCGUUACAUCCAGGAUGGGUUCAAACGGACAUGGGAGGAUCAAAUGCUUCGCUAACGAUUAAGGAAUCGGUUGAUGGGCUGAUUACAGUCAUCGGCUCUUUAGACGAGUCAAAGAAUGGAGGAUUCCUGGAUUAUACUGGCAAGACAUUACCUUGGUAGAGCGAUUUAGACAGGGCAGCCCUCCUGGGAAUGAGUGUUGGUUAAACUAAUAGACACAGGAGAGCCUUAAGGCUUCUUUAGGAGAUGAUAUAUUUACCAGCCGAACCGACGAAGAUACUUUCUUCUGGAACUCUAGGCGAUAGCUAGAUGAUGAGAGGCUUCAAUGAUAGGCUUUGAGCCCUACUUUUAUGUGAAUUUAAUCGCUCAAUAAAAUGAUGGUCUCUCGAUUUA